AUGUCAGACGACGAAUUUGAAUCAGGAGGACUUUUUGAAGAACCAGAAGGGUUCACUCCACCCCCACCAUCAUCCCAUUUCGCAAAAUACACUAGAAAAUCCACCACUGUCACCCCUACCGAAAUCACCUUAAAACUAGUUGGAAAAUCACCACUUUGGGGCCAUUUAUUAUGGAAUGCUGGGAUAUAUACUGCUGAUUAUUUAGAUAAACAUGCUGACACACUUGUAUCGGGUAAAAAAGUGCUUGAAUUGGGUGCUGCUGCUGGAUUACCUUCGUUGAUUUGUUCUUUAAAUAAUGCUAAGGAAGUUGUAUGUACUGAUUAUCCUGAUGCUGAUUUGAUUUCACAUAUUGAUUAUAAUUUUGAACAUUUAAAGAAAGAAGGAGGGGAUAAGAUGAGUGACUAUAGAGUCCAAGGAUAUAUCUGGGGUCAAAAUAUUGUGCCAUUAGUAUAUGGCCCAGAAGAAGAAGGUAAGUUACAGGAACAAGAUAUUAAAGAAGAAGAUAAGUUUGAUUUAAUUAUCUUAUCUGAUUUGGUGUUUAAUCAUACUGAACAUCAUAAAUUGUUGAGUACUUGUCGUAGAGGAUUGAAAUCUACUGGGAAAUGUUUGGUUGUUUUCAGUCCUCAUCGUCCUUGGUUAUUGGAAAAUGAUUUGGAAUUCUUUACAACUUGUGAACAACAUGAAUUUAAAUCAGAAAAGAUUGAAUUGGUGAAUUGGAAACCAAUGUUUGAAGAAGAUGAAGAAACCGUUGAAAUUAGAUCAAGGGUUUAUUCUUUCUUCUUAAAUCCACAAUGGUAA